CUCCUCUCCAAACCCCGUUUCUUCUCUGCUUCUCUUCCUUGCAUUCCUGACGCACUCGGGAACAAAAGCCCCAUUCAAAGCACUACUGAUCCCAGAAUCAACGCCAUUUUCAUGUGAAAAUCGAAAAACCCUUACCCUAAUUUCUCCGAUCUGGGGCGAUGGCGUCCGGCCAGGACUCAGGAACGACGCUCAUGGAUCUCAUCACAGCAGAUCCGUCUUCCGUCUCCCAAUCCACCACUACAUCGGCGCCGUCAUCAUCGUCGUCGGCAGCGGCUCCUUCUUCUACCCUUGGAAAGCCGGUCCCAACUGAUCGGAAGACCAAGAGGAGCACCCUGAUGCAGAUCCAGAGCGACACCAUCUCUGUCGCCAAAGCUGCUCUCCAUCCCGUCCGGACUAACAUCAUGCCGCAGAAGCAGAAGAAAAGGCCGGUUUCAUAUGCACAACUUGCACGGAGUAUUCACGAACUCGCCGCCGCAUCAGAUCAGAAAAGCUCCCAGAAGCAGUUAGUGCAUAAUGUAUUCCCCAAACUCGCUGUAUACAAUUCAGUGGAUCCUUCAUUGGCACCAUCUCUUCUCAUGCUUCAUCAGCAAUGCGAGGAUCGGAAUGUUCUGCGCUAUGUUUACUACUACUUGGCUAGAAUUCUGUCCGAUGAUGGCUCUCAAGGUUUAAGUGCAGGUGGCGGGAUCCCCACACCAAACUGGGAUGCUCUUGCUGACAUUGACGCUGUUGGAGGGGUGACAAGAGCAGAUGUUGUACCUCGAAUAGUAGGGCAGCUUACUGCAGAGGCUUCAAAUGCUGAUGCGGAAUUUCAUGCACGAAGACUUGCGGCUUUGAAGGCCCUCACUUUUGCUCCAUCAGGCAAUUCUGAAAUCUUGGCCAAGUUAUAUGAAAUUGUGUUUGGCAUUCUUGAGAAGGUAGCUGAUGCAAAAAAGCGCAAGAAAGGUGUAUUCGGUAAACAGGGUGGCGAUAAGGAGUCCAUUAUUCGGAGCAACUUGCAAUAUGCUGCACUUAGUGGUCUGAGAAGACUUCCUCUAGAUCCAGGAAAUCCAGCAUUCCUCCAUCGAGCUAUACAGGGGGUUUCAUUUUCUGAUCCAGUUGCAGUGAGACAUGCGCUGGCAAUUAUCUCUGAUUUGGCUACAAGGGAUCCAUAUUCAGUUGCAAUGGCAUUAGGAAAGCUUGCUCUUCCUGGAGGUGCUUUGCAGGAUGUGCUCCAUUUGCAUGAUGUUCUUGCUAGGGUUUCGCUUGCUAGAUUGUGCCAUACAUUAUCUAGAGCUCGUGCAUUAGAUGAAAGGCCUGACAUUAAAUCUCAGUUCACCUCUGUGCUAUAUCAACUUCUUCUGGAUCCCAGUGACAGAGUUUGUUUUGAGGCAAUACUGUGCGUUUUGGGCAAAUUUGAUAACACGGAGAGGGCUGAAGAGCGAGCUGCUGGAUGGAUUAGAUUGACUAGAGAAAUUCUGAAGUUACCUGAGGCACCAUCUGUUGCAUCAAAGGAAUCAAAAGACGGCCUCCCACCAAAGUCUCCCAAUGAAAAACCUUCUUCAAAACUCAGGCGUCCGCAGCCUCUCAUCAAACUUGUAAUGAGAAGACUUGAGACUUCUUUCCGAAGUUUCUCUCGGCCUGUCCUUCAUGCAGCAGCAAGAGUUGUGCAGGAGAUAGGGAAAAGUAGGGCCGCGGCAUUUGCUUUAGGUGUCUAUGACAUGGAUGAAGGAGCCCAUCUUCAAGGAUAUUCUGAAAACACUGAUUCAAUUGACCCAGAUCUCAACGAAAGCUCACAACCUGAAGCUACCCGGACAAAGGCUUCUUUGUUAUCUAACGGAACUGGUGGAAAGGAUACAGUUGCAAGCUUACUAGCUUCACUGAUGGAAGUAGUGCGCACAACUGUAGCAUGUGAAUGUGUUUAUGUUCGAGCGAUGGUCAUAAAGGCUUUGAUCUGGAUGCAAAGUCCGCAUGAAUCAUUUGAGGAACUGGGAUCUAUCAUUGCAUGUGAGCUUUCUGAUCCAGCUUGGCCGUCAACAUUAUUGAAUGAUAUCUUGCUUACUUUGCACGCACGAUUUAAGGCAUCUCCAGAUAUGGCAGUCACACUUCUUGAAAUUGCAAGAAUUUUUGCAACUAAAGUUCCAGGAAAGAUUGAUGCAGAUGUGUUGCAACUACUAUGGAAGACAUGCCUCGUUGGAGCUGGACCAAGUGGGAAGCACACAGCUCUGGAAGCAGUUACGAUAGUCCUUGAUUUACCACCACCGCAACCUGGAUCAAUGUUGGGGCUCAUGUCAGUAGAUAGGGUAUCUGCAUCUGAUCCCAAGUCGGCUCUGGCAUUGCAGAGAUUAGUGCAGGCAGCAGUAUGGUUCCUUGGAGAAAAUGCAAAUUAUGCCGCAUCUGAAUAUGCUUGGGAAUCUGCAACACCUCCUGGUACAGCAUUGAUGAUGUUAGAUGCAGAUAAAAUGGUGGCUGCCGCUAGUUCUCGAAAUCCUACUCUUGCGGGUGCUUUGACCCGGCUUCAGAGGUGUGCUUUCAGCGGUAGCUGGGAGGUCCGGAUUGUUGCUGCUCAAGCUCUGACAACAAUGGCAAUCAGAUCUGGGGAGCCUUUUCGACUACAGAUUUAUGAAUUUUUACAUGCUUUAGCGUUAGGUGGCGUGCAAUCUCAAUUUUCAGAUAUGCAACUAAGUAAUGGGGAAGAUCAAGGUGCUAGUGGUACUGGUCUUGGGUCUUUAAUAAGUCCGAUGCUAAAGGUUCUUGAUGAAAUGUACAAAGCACAAGAUGAUCUGAUCAAAGAUAUGCGCAAUCACGACAACAACAAACAGGAAUGGACUGACGACGAGCUUAAGAAACUCUAUGAGACCCAUGAGAAACUUCUUGAUCAGGUUUCCUUGUUCUGUUAUGUUCCAAGAGCAAAAUAUCUACCACUGGGGCCAACUAGUGCAAAACUUAUCGAUAUCUACCGCAACCGGCACAACAUAAGCGCAUCGACCGGUUUGAAUGAUCCAGCUGUUGCUACAGGGAUUUCCGACCUUGUAUAUGAAUCUAAAGCUACACCUAAAGAGUCCUCCAAUUCAAUUGAUGCUGAUCUGGCAAGUGCUUGGGCAGCACAGCUAGAUGAUGGUUUGUGGGAAAACAAUGCGCCAGCAAUGAACAGGGUAAAUGAAUUUCUUGCAGGUGCUGGAACUGAUGCUCCCGAUGUUGAAGAGGAGAACAUAACCUCUAGACAAUCAGUUAGUUAUGACGAUAUGUGGGCCAAAACACUUCUAGAAACUACGGAAAUAGAGGAAGAUGAUGCAAGGUCAUCUGGAACGUCUUCUCCAGAGUCGACUGGAUCAGUUGAAACUUCCAUAUCAUCUCAUUUUGGUGGUAUGAACUACCCAUCCUUGUUCAGUUCACGUCCAACGGUCUAUGGGUCUUCUCAACAAUCGGAGAGCAAGACGCCACAAGCCACAAGCAGGUUUAGCAACACUUCUAUAGGUGCUUCAUCAUCAAUUUAUGAGGGGCAAGGAUCUCCGUUGUCUGUUCAGCCUAGAGAACCGCCAUCAUAUGCGGCUGCUACCAUGCAGAGGUUCGAGUCUUUUGAGAAUCCUCAGAGUUUCAGUUCCCAGGACGAGGAACAACCGGCUUCUGAAAAUCCGCAGUUCGGGAAAGCACUAUACGACUUCACUGCUGGCGGUGAUGAUGAGUUGAACUUGACCGCAGGAGAGGAAGUCGAAAUUGAUUAUGAGGUCGAUGGUUGGUACUAUGUGAAGAAAAAACGUCCGGGGAGGGAUGGGAAAAUGGCUGGGCUGGUCCCUGUUCUAUAUGUCAGUUCAUCUUGACACCCCUUUCAAAAACUCGAUUCCCUCCCCUCCUGCUUUGUUGGUUGCUUGAGUUGCUUGAUUCAAGCUCGGUGUUCUUCAUCUGCAAUUCCCCUUCCGAGCCUUCCACUGCCUUUUCAGCUGCCAUCAGCGAGGUAGACGUCCCACCGCAGCAACACCCAUAUAUUCUUUCUAUUUGUCGUUGGCGCUGUAGUCAGUUCGCGUGAGUUCCUUUCAGGUGCAUGGAGCUUCCAUUAUUUUGGGUACUUUGGCGGUUUUUGUAUCGGAUUCCCUGUCUUUGCAUGUGGAAGAGUUGCUGUAAUCCGAUCUUUUUUAGCCAUUGGCCGUUUUCUUUUGUGUGGUAUGAGAUUCUGUCUUCGGCCA